AACACACAGACGGGCUCAAAUCCAUGGCUCUUCCGGACACUGUCGCUACCAUGGCACACGAUAGCAUGGAGGUGUCGACGUCCGUCCAUGCAAGCGUACAGGAUGCGGCUGAGAAUUCUACUGCCGUGACUCCCCUAUCGAAAAUGAAGGGGGAUGCGGAAACAGCAGCCGGUCCGGCAGCGGCCGUUCCUCCAACAACAUCUCAACAUACUCCAGGUGGCGCUUUACAAUUGCAUUCGGACAUGCUCUUAGUGGGCGGGAAACCUGGGCUCUUCCAUUGUAAUUAUUGCAUGCGCGAUAUCAGCAACACGAUACGGAUCAAGUGCGCGGAGGUGUCGACGUGUCCUGAUUGGGACCUAUGCGUGGAUUGUUUCGGAGCCGGCGUGGAGUUGGGAAAGCACAAGAACGACCAUCCCUACCGCGUCGUCGACAACACCCACUACCCCAUCUUCUCGCCCGACUGGACUGCAACGGAAGAGCUUCUGCUGCUUUCAGCACUUGAGGCGCAUGGGAUGGGAAACUGGGGAAAGGUAGCGGAGCUGCUCAACUGCAAGGAAAAAACGGAGAAGGCUUGCAUGGAGCAUUAUUAUGACCUGUACUUGCACUCCUACGGUAGCAUACUGCCGAAGCAGACUCUUGGUGGGGGAGAGACGACGGCCCUGGUCUCGGAGGAGGAGUAUCGGAUGCGGCCCUUGGACCUGGCAAGAUACCCGGAGGCGGUCCAUUUGAUCGGGGCGCCCCCCCCUCCUCCUGACGGCACGCCCUACGAGCGACCGAGGGCGGGGCGGGAAAGGGAGGGAGGGAAGGAGGGGGAGGGAAAGACGGGAAAGGAGAAGGAGGGGGAGGGAAAGGAAGGUGGUCCGUCGCAAGCCAAUGACGCGAUCCCCGGCUACAUGCCCCUCCGGGGGGACUUCGACGUGGAGCACGAUAACGAGGCCGAGCUCAUUUUGGCAGAGAUGGAGAUCUUGCCGGAUGAGGACCCGGCGGAGAAACAGCUCAAGCUCAUGGUCGUGGACGUCUUCAACCGGAAACUGGAUGAGCGAGAGAAACGCAAGGCGUUCGUGAAGGAGUACAAUCUCAUCGACUACAAGGCUCUCCAGAACAAGGAGAAGCGAAAGCCCAAGGAUGAGCGGGAGCUCAUUGCCAAACUCCGGGUAUUCGCCCGCUAUCAGACCCCGCAAGAGCACGAGCAGUUUGUCCUGGGUAUUUUGGAGGCCAAGCGACUGCGCAAGCGCAUCGAACAGCUCCAGCAGUACCGGCGUCUUGGCAUCCGCACACAGGCCGAAGCCCUGGCGUAUGAAAACGAGAAGCGGAGACGCGAGCAGGAGCAGCAAAUGCGGAAACAGCGGGCGGAGGCCUCCUACUUGUACGAGUCCGCGAAACCCUCGACCAAAGACCGGUCGUCCCGGUACAAGAAGCGGCAUCGAGGGGAGAGCGACAUGGAC